AUGAAAUUGUGUGAAUUAUUGUUCAUUUCAUUUAUUGUGAGUUUAGUAAAUGCUAAGACUCAUACUUGGUAUUUCAAGACCGGAUGGGUUGAUGCUAACCCAGAUGGUGUUCAGGAGCGUAAGGUGAUUGGAUUCAAUGAUACAUGGCCGCUUCCAACUUUAAGGGUCAAAAAAGGUGAUAGAAUUAACUUGUACUUGAUUAAUGGAUUUGAUACUGCUAAUACUUCUUUGCAUUUCCAUGGGAUGUUCCAGAACGGAUCUUCCCAAAUGGAUGGCCCUGAAAUGGUUACCCAAUGUCCUAUUCCAGCUGGUGAAACUAUGUUGUAUAACUUUACUGUUAGUGACCAGGUGGGUACAUUCUGGUAUCACUCGCAUACUAAGGGUCAAUUAGGUGAUGGUAUGAGAGCUCCGUUUAUUAUUGAAGACGAUGAGUAUCCUUUUGACUUCGAUGAAGAAGUUGUUUUGUCGCUUUCCGAUUGGUACCAUGACAGCUCUGAUGAUUUAAUCAAAACUUUCUUGGACAGAUAUAAUCCAACUGGUGCCGAACCAAUUCCAUCUAAUCUUUUGUUCAAUGAAACCAGAAACAAUUCUUGGGUUGUUGAACCUAAUAAGACUUAUUUUGUCCGUAUUGUUAAUAUUGGUGGUUUUGUCACUCAAUAUCUUUGGAUGGAGGAUCACGAAUUUGAAGUUGUUGAAGUUGAUGGUAUCUAUGUUGAAAAGAACAAGACUGAUAUGUUAUAUAUUACUGUCGCGCAACGUUAUGGUGUUUUGAUUAAAACUAAGAACAGUACUGAUAAGAACUAUGCUAUGAUGUCGAAGUUUGAUGAUACUAUGUUGGAUGUUAUUCCAGAUGAGUUGCAAUUGAACUCAACAAACUAUAUAAUAUAUAAUGAAGACAAAGCUAAGCCAGAGGAAUACAAGGUUGACAGUAUCGAUGACUUCCUUGAUGAUUUUUACUUGACUCCAUUGAACAAAGAAAAGUUAUAUGAUGAUGCCGAUCAAACCAUUACAGUUGAUCUUACUAUGGAUAAUUUGGGAGAUGGUGUCAAUUACGCAUUUUUCAAUAAUAUUACUUAUGUUAAACCAAAACUUCCUCCUUUGAUGACCGUGUUAUCUUCCGGAGAAUAUGCUACCAAUGAGUUAGUUUAUGGUACCAAUACUCAUACUUAUGUUUUACAGGAUAACGACGUUAUUGAUAUUGUUUUGAAUAAUGGUGAUACCGGUAGACAUCCUUUCCAUUUGCAUGGUCAUGUUUUCCAAUUGAUUGCUAGAGGUAGUGCAGUCGAUGAUGAUGAUGAUCCAGUUACUUACGCCGACGUAGAAGAUGAUGUCGAAUUUCCAGAAUAUCCAAUGAUGAGAGAUACUGUUUAUGUUGAACCACAAUCGUACAUGGUUAUCAGAUUUAAAGCUGACAACCCGGGUGUUUGGUUCUUCCACUGUCAUAUUGAGUGGCAUUUAAUCCAAGGUUUAGCACUUGUUUUGGUCGAAGCACCAUUACAAAUUCAAGAUGAUCCUAGACAAGAAUUACAAGAAGAUGUCAAGAAGCAUUGUGAAAUGUUAGACAUGCCUUACAAAGGUAACGCUGCUGGUAAUUCUAAAGACUACUUAGACUUAACUGGCCAAAAUGUCCAAGUUAAAGCAUUACCUGCUGGUUUCACUGCUAGAGGUAUUGUUGCCUUAGUAUUCUCUUGUGUUGCAGGUUUCUUAGGUAUUGCUAUGAUCGCUAUCUAUGGUAUGGCUGAUAUUCCAGAUGUCGAAGAGAGGGUUGCAAGAGACUUGGAUAUCGAUGUCAAUGAAGAAGAAAGUGAUGAUACUUCUACCGGAGCUGCUACUGCUGAAGAAAGAAGCUCUAUUGUUGAAGAAAGAACUCAUUAA